AUGUUCGUCUCCCGCUGUUCCCCACAGGUGAUGGCUGCCGUGGAAGCCAGAGGGGGUGCCUUCCGCACCGGCACGGAAGUGACUGGGGUGCAGAGCCUGGGCGAGGAAGGCGUGGAAGUGCGUCUAGGGGACGGAACAUCGGAGCGCUAUGACCGGGUGGUUCUGGCAGUGCAUGGCGAUACCGUGCUGCCGCUGCUGGGGGAAGGAGCCACGCAUGAGGAGCGGAGGGUAUUUUCUGCCUUCAAAUACGCCACCAGCACCAUCUUUCUGCAUCGUGACAAGUCCCUCAUGCCCACCAGAAGGGCCGCCUGGAGCGCGUGGAACUUCAGAGGAGUGGACGCGAAGGGAGGGGUUUGUGUCACGUACUGGCUCAACACGCUGCAGAAUCUUGGGGACACAGGAGAGCCGAUUCUGGUGACCCUCAACCCUCCGUCUGGAAUCAAAGGCACAGUGCAUCACCAGUGGGUCACCUCCCACCCGCUCCCCACCACUGCUGCCACGGCUGCUGCCAGACUGCUCCCCACCGUGCAAGGAAGGAGGGGGAUCUACUUUUGUGGGGCAUAUCUGGGAUAUGGCUUCCAUGAAGAUGGGUUCAAGGCUGGUCUGACUGCAGCCAACGCUCUCCUGGGCGCCAGCAGCAGCCCAGCUCUGCAGCUGCAGCAAAUCACGCCUCAGAUGCUCCUCCCGCUGCACUACCAGCCUUCCAUGUGUUUACCCAUCCGUCUCUAUUACCCUCUCUCACCCGUCAAUCCCUCCCAGGCGGGUCUGACUGCAGCCAACGCUCUCCUGGGCGCCAGCAGCAGCCCAGCUCUGCAGCUGCAGCGCAACACUCCUCAGAUGCUUCUCCCGCUGCACUUUCAGGCCGCCAAGGCUGCAGUUCUCUCCUUCCUGCGCCCCUUCAUUCAUCUCGGAUCCGUGCAGCUGUUGGAGCGAGGAGGCACAGUGUACCGGUUUGGGAGACAAGGACCCAAGCUGGACUGUCAGAUGACCGUGCACUCGCCCGCCUUCUAUUGGAAGGUGGCGACACGUGCAGACCUGGGAUUGGCCGAUGCCUUUGUGGAUGGAGACAUCUCCUUCCCUCAGGGCUCCAGGGGUCUCCUCAAGUUCCUCGAGGGCUCCAGGGGGCUGUUCAAGUUUCUCGAGGGCUCCAGAGGGCUGCUCAAGUUCCUCGAGGGCUUCAGAGGGCUCCUCAAGUUCCUCGAGGGGCUGGUGGAGCCCUGCCCUGCUGACAGCAGUGGUGGGAUCGGCAGCUCUAGCAACGGCAUGUUCCAGACCUUCCUAGACGAGACCAUGACCUACUCAUGCGCCAUCUUCGAGGUGAGCAGUGGGGAUGUCAGUGAAUCCGUGUGCUCUCAUUUGCAGCACGCCCAAACCCCCUUCUUCCAAACCUUCCUUCACGAAACCAUGACCUACUCAUGCGCCAUCUUCCAGCGACCAGAGGAACCUCUGGUGGAUGCACAGCUGCGCAAGCUGAGGCGCCUCAUUGCCAAGGCGCGCAUAGACUCGUCGCACCACGUGCUUGAGAUCGGGUUCGGGUGGGGCAGCCUGGCUCUGGAGACGGUCAGCCUCACGGGGUGUCGCUACACGGGCAUCACACUCUCCUCGCAGCAGCUGCAGCUCGCCACAGAGCGAGUCAAGGCGGCAGGUCUGCAGGAUCGAAUCAACUUCAUGCUCUGUGACUACCGCAACCUGCCAGGCACCGGCAAAUUUGAUCGCAUCCUCUCAUGUGAGAUGCUAGAGGCGGUGGGCCACGAGUACCUGGGAGACUUCUUCCAUCACUGCGACCGCUUGCUCGCAAUGGACGGGCUGCUCGUUGUUCAGGUGAUCACCACACCAGAGAGCCGCUACGAGGAGUACCGCCUAUCCUCCGAUUUCAUCAAGGAGUACAUCUUCCCCGGCUGCUGCGUGCCCUCCCUCUCUGCUCUCACCGACGCCAUGGCCAAGAACUCCGCCUUCAGUGUGGAGGAGCUGGAGAACAUUGGGCCGCACUACGCCACAACGCUCAUGAGAUGGCACGACAACUUCAUGGCUCACCGGCA